UAGAGUCUUAUCAUGUGUUUGAAGUCCGAUUCCUAUUCCAAAUACAUAGUGGCAAUGACUUCAACAUAUUAAGGUAAAUCAAAAUGAAGACUUCACAAGUGGUUUAAAAGUAGAUUACACGGUGCGCUUUGCAGACAAGCUCCACAACUUGCUGGCUAUAGAGAGUUUGUGUUGGAGUCUAAUUUUAAAUUAUAAAGCACACGGACGGUAAACCUAUGACACCUCUAGUGAGCUCGGACCGGUGCUGCAGAUGGGCGGCAUAGGCAGGAAUUUAUUUCUCAAUAUGUUGAAUGGAACAGACGCGCAAAGCUUCGCCAAAGACGCAGAAUUAAACAGCCACUUGCACCGAAACCGCGACUUCCCGGACUUCAAAAUGGGCAUCCAAGACACGAGGUUUUACUACCAGGACUCGAUUCCAAAUGGACAGGACAGUUUGACGUUGCCGUUCCACGCUGAACAUCACCAAAGCGCCGGAGCGCAGACGGGGAGGUUUUACGCACCGGCUCAGCUCGGCAGCUGUCACUUCACCAGCCGGAGCGGGACGGGACAUACUUACGUUCCAGGCGGAGCCGAUGCGUAUUCUUCGGCCAACGGUAAAGACGUGUACCCGAGCAGCGCAGACGGCUACCCGGCGUCUUUUCAGCACGGGUUCCCGCGAGCACCGAUGUACGCUUUACCUAAUCUACAGGUGUCCGGGAAGACUCAUGUGCUCCUCAACAACUACCCGCUGUGGGCAAAGUUCCACAAGUACCAGACAGAGAUGAUCAUAACGAAACAGGGACGGAGGAUGUUCCCUUUCCUCAGCUUUAACAUCAGCUCACUGGACCCCACAGCUCAUUAUAACAUAUACGUGGACGUGGUUCUUGCUGACCAGCAUCACUGGCGGUACCAAGGAGGCAAAUGGGUGCAGUGCGGCAAGGCAGAAGGCAACAUGCCAGGAAACAGAAUGUAUAUGCAUCAAGACUCUCCCAACACUGGGAAUCACUGGAUGAGACAGGAAGUUUCCUUCGGCAAACUGAAACUUACCAACAACAAAGGCAGCUCUAACAAUGUAGCACAGAUGAUAGUGCUGCAGUCACUCCAUAAAUACCAACCACGUCUUCACAUAGUGGAGGUGAAAGAGGAUGGAACAGAGGACCCCUUUAUGACCUCAAAAUCUCAGAUGUUUGUCUUCCCUGAGACUCAGUUCAUUGCCGUCACUGCCUACCAGAAUGCAGAUAUCACUCAGCUGAAAAUAGAUCAUAACCCUUUUGCUAAAGGUUUCCGGGACAAUUAUGACACGCUGUACGCACUUCCUGACUCAGACCGCUUUACGCCUUCCCCAAACGAGAGCCAGCAGCUCCUUCCAGGCAGUUGUUUCUCUCACCAGGCGUACCUAUCUGAUCAGUACAUGAGCCCCCUGCCUCAGAGUCGUUUCUACAGCCGCGAGCCGGUCAGCAUGACCCAGCAGUCCCCCAAAGACCCUGCCGCCAGCCCUCACAGCCGCUUUUACCUGCCCAGCCAGCAGGGGGUGCCACCGAACCGCCUUGACUUCAACGCGUACGAGAGCGAAUACACUUCCAACAGCCUCUACAAGCCGUUUCCGAUUCAGACAUCCCCACACCACCCUCUGGGCUACUACUCUGAAAACCCCUUUGCUUCCGGGCCGGUUUCUGGUGCCAACACAGGAGCGUGGAGCUCAGGACGGCCCUCACCGCAGUACCUUAAUCACCCACACCACAGUAAACCCGGGUCUAGUCUCGGCUGGUUUCGAACCCUCUCGUCCCCAGCUGCAUCUUCAUCUCCCUCAGCAGUGAACUCACGCUUCCAUUCCUCCCCAUUGCUCCUGGAUCCCCAGCGCCAGCCUCUGCUCCAAGACAAGUCCAAAGAGUCCGGGGAGGACGCCUGGAUAGAAGCCCCCUCAGUUAAAUCUGUGGACUCAGCUGACUCAGGUUUGUUCGAGGGAGGAGAGAACAAGAAGAGGCGCGUGUCGCCUUACACGUCCAGCACAGAAAAUUCCCCUCCCAACCGCAGCACAGAGGUUUGCGAAAAGGACAGUUGCAGUGAUGCAGGCUACUACGGCUUCUACACCCACUGAAGACCAGCACUCAGACUGUCCUCCUGCUGUCUUCCACCCACCGUCUGUCUGCAUGGCCUAAGACACAGGGAUCAAGCUCUCUGUGAUAGUCGCUACAGUGCCAGGUGCUGUGGUGGCCCCUCUGUGUUUUGUGUUCCCUGUGUUAGAUGUUUGGGGGUCAUGUAGAGGUGUUCUAAAGGUCACUGUCACACAAAAGAUGAAGACGACGUGACUUUGCUGAGACACUGGCCUGGAGACACACAGACAGACAGACCUGUGUGACUUUAGCAGCUGAAGAUUUCACAGCACACCUGCUGUCCACUCCCCCAAAGGAACUGUCUCUGUCCCACUCGUCAGGCACAGACAUAAAAACACCUCACAAAAACCCACACGCCACAUGCACGCUCAAACAAACAAUCAAAUCCUUUUCGUCACAUUCACAUCUGUCUUUAAAACCCGGACUUAGAGGUAUAGUUCACAGAAAAAAGGAAAAGUCCAUCAUCAUUUACUCUCCCUCAUGUUAUGAUCAUUUCAAACCCAUUUGACUUUUUGUCUGUAACACAAAGACAUUUUUUAAGAAAUUACAACAAAGUGCUUUUAAGCUUCAAGGAUGCAAAAUCGCUAUAAAAAAUAGUUCCUUCAACUCAUGUGCUCCAUGUCAAGUCAUCUACAGCUUUAUGAUAGCUUUGGAUGAGAAAAGACAUGGAAUUUAAUUCUGACAUUAUCUGAUUCUGACAAUCAUCUGGCAUUGCUUGUUGUUUUAUGGACACACCAAAGGUAAUGUCUGUUUCUCACCAAAAGCUAUUGUACACUGAAAAAUUAACAUUAUAUUUUCACUCUGAAAUUGUACAUUUCACAAAUAAUUACAAAGGAGCAACAAGUAAUAGAUUGAACUAAACAUGAAAAUCUGAAGUAGAAAUAAUUAAAACAUAUAUAUAGCUUCAGAAAACUUGGAGUAUUGCGCACAAAUCCUUUAAGUGGUCUCUAAAUGACACAAACUUGACUUACUCAAGGUGUGAUGCUGUGGACCUGUAAGCAUUCAAAUCGGUUGCUCUAACAUAAUUGUUAUUUGAUGGAUGAUCUCAUUGGAAAUUUCAUCACAAAUUUACAUAUUAAGCAGAAGAAUUAUAUUUAAACAGACUAAUGUUGCAUGCACUUGUGUGCUGCAUACACAGCUUUAAUCCAUUUUGCUUCUGAAUGGGAGCCUUCAUUACAGUACAACAUUUGUGUGUCCAGACAAUCCGAAAACGCACACCUACAAGGAGCACAAUCAAUAAGCACAUUAAAGCCCAAGCCACUCAGACAACACAUGCUGGAAAUAAAAUAGCCAUGAUGUCUGACAAACCAUGGCUGUAUGCACCAGCUGGAAUUCCAUCCUUUAAUAGACAGACAUAAUAUGGUUAAUAGAAUGCAUGAGUUAUUAUAGUAUAUGCAGUUAUUUUAAGUAUCCAUUCAAAAGUUGGGGGACUAUUUUUAUUUUAUUUAUUUUUUAGAGAAAUGUGUCCUUUUGCAUCAAUGUUUACAAUAUUACAAAAAAAAAUGUAGUUCUUUUGAACUUUCUAUUCAUCAAAGAAUUAUAUUGUGGUUUCCACAAAAUGAUUAAGCAGAACAGCUGUUUUUAACAUAAGAAAUGUUUAUCAAGCAGCAAAUCAACAUAUUAGAAUGAUUAUGAGACAUUCAAGACUGAACUAUGGCUGCUAAAAAUUAAAAACAAAGAACAAAAUAGACUUCUUUUAAAUAUUACAAUAAUCUUUAAACAAAAAGUGCACUGCUUCAGAUAAAUACACAAACAGGCAAAGAGAGACAGGCGAAGGUUAAUAAAUUUAAAUUUAAAAUGCAAAACUGAGCCUUGAGAGCCAUAGUAAUUAUUUCCUGAUCUCUCUAAAUUUUUAUAGUUCUGUAGUUUUACAUUUCAUACUGUAUAAAUAAAACAGGCACCUUAUGUGAUGGUGAUAGUUUGAGACAGGGCCUUGUAAUCCUCAGGUUUCAUUUAGCUAAAGUCCACGAGUUAGGACAAACACACUAGUGUCAAUCCGAUGACCAGUAACAGGACAUACUUAAACCAACAGCAUCAUGUCUUGAGGCGUCGCCCAUGACGGUAUACAGAUAGACAGAGUGGAAAAAUGGACACCUGACUAUAUUCAUCAUCUUUUGUGUUCAAACAACAGAGUAACAUGCAGUUAGCUCACACACAGAUGUCAGUGACACAUAGGAAGAAUGAGCCUUUAAUCUAAGCCUAUCAGGCACCGCUGGCAUUCAAAGGUGAGAAUGACCUCAGACAGAUAAGUGGGUGACAAGACGCCACUGCAGAAGACAGUAAACUAACUUCUGGGACACACCAGAAGCCUGUGAGCUCAGAACUGUCAAUUUAUAGAAGCUUCCUGCAUCUUUCAGAUCACAACUAUGUGCACAGACAUAUGGAUAUGAUCUGUGUCCUAACAUGAAAUCACCUUUAUUCACAUUACUUGUAAAAUAGAACAAUUAAUUAAAGUGAUGAUUAUUCAAUAUUCUGUGGCCACUCUGUGAUCACAUUUUUUUUUUUAAAGUCAGUUAACUGACUCAAACUGCCUCUGUUUAUUUUACAUAUAUGUAUUUUGAUGCAAAACCAAAUGAAAUGAGUAAUAUGGUUAAGACUGCGUUAUUUUAACUGGAUUAAAAAGCCAUUGCCAGAUAUUGCCAGAUGAUAAGUUGUUUAGAAUAUACAAUGCAAUUUAGAUGCUGGAAAAUUUGUAAUAUUCUACAAAUGUAAUAAUAUGAAUUAAUUAAUUUGCUUACAGGUUUUUUUAAUAUUAGUUAUUAAGAAGUUGACUGAUAAACAAAAAGCAAAUGGCUGCAAGAGAAAGCGGCAAUAUUAUUUAACUGACAAACAAUGUUAAAGAACAAAAAAAAUUAAAGUGCAAUUAAAGUGUUUCUAUGUUAAUUUAAAAAUGUGUAAUUAAUGUUCAUGUUUGGUUUCUUUUUAUACACUGAAAUGCACUGACACGUUUGUUACUGCUGAUGUGCACUGAAAAUAAUGAACAAAUUGUCUGUUGUUGUCAUGUUAGGAAUCAAUUCAUGUUUUGGCUGACCCCUGGUGGACAUUAUGCUCCUCUUAUCUUCGAGUGUCAAUAGCAGGUCUUUUAAGGAACCUAUUUAAGUUAUAAUCUUUGACACCAUCUGUUGAAUUAAAAGCAACAAUUUAAGUAAUGUUACUAACAAAAAAGAGGUGCUUCUGUACUAAGUUUCCUCAGCCAAGCAAACUGAGCCUCAGACACAGCUGUCAAAAUACUGUAUAUAAUAUUAAAUGAUGUUUUUGAUUAAUUCUAAAUGUAAUAAAGACUGAAUUAUACAAA